CUUCUUUUUUUCUUUUUCGCUCACACCAUUACAGGGGUGGGGAAGAAUUCGAACAUGCUUGCAACAGAGUGGUUAACCACUCCGGUAGAUCUAAAAGUCUGGCGAUGUUUAAACCUCAAAUCUUCAAAUUUGAGGUUAUUUCACUGAACCUUCAACACAAGGCAUGUUUCAAAGACUUGAAGAUUCUUUCUCGUCUUUGUUUGUCAAGUCGGUGUUGAAAGUUCAAAUUAUGUUCAUGGCGAUGUGAAAUAGACCAGAAUUUUCAACUUCCGGACAUUAAAAGGGCAUCGCAUCACCCAGUUCAUAGGCAGAAGGUGAAGUUCAUUCCUGAGUUGAAGCUCAAGUGGAAACAGCCAAAUAUGAGUUCUAUUGUGUCCCUUUCUGAUUUACCACAACCCAUCAUCAUCGAUAUUCUCUCCAGGCUUCCACCAAGUCUAUCAUCCAUUGCAGGUUUGUCUGCAGAACCUGGCGCAAUCUAAUCUUAGACCCUGGUUUUGUUAGCCUACAUCUCUCUAGAUCACCUACCACCCUUCUUAUUCACCAACUUCUUAGUCGGGCUGACUCCGACUCUGAUGUUUUCAAGUUGAUCGAACUUGAAGAUGAGCAUGACCACCAUGGUCUUCGCUCUGAUCCAAUAAUGAAAUUCGACCUCACAGCCUGCCUCCCAGAUGUUCGGAUACUUUCUGUGGGUUCCGUUAACGGCUUUGUCUGCUUAUGUCAAUACAAUCCUGUGGAAACUAUAUACAUUUUCAAUCCAACUAUGCGAGAGUAUGUUACCCUUCCAAGGACAGAGUACAUAAGAAGAUCCCCCACGACGAUCCAUUAUGGGUUCGGAUUUAGUCCGGUUUCUGGUCAUUACAAGGUGGUACAGUUUUGUCAACAGCCGAUAACUGAUACGGGUUUGUUGCCAUAUUCAUACAAGAUCGAAGGUAAGAUCUAUACAUUAGGAACUGGAAGAUGGAGAAACAUUGAAUGUAUCCCAUUCUCGUCCCUUGGUGAUGGUGGUGUGUAUUUGAACGACAACCUUCAUUGGUUAAUUGCUGAUCUCCACAGUCCUGAAUCAAUAUGUUGUUUUGAUGUUGAGAAAGAGGUAUUUCAAAUAGUCUCUUCUCCUCCUCAGAUUACACCGCAAUGGAAGAUCAGUUUGGGAUGGUAGGAGGUUGUUUGUCUGUGUGUGAUAACACUUCAGAAUCUGAUCUUGUCAUAUGGGUGAUGAAGGAAUAUGGAAUCAAGGAUUCAUGGACUAAAAAGAUUGUCAUUAGGAUGAACCCUGACAUAGACUGGGUGUCAUGGGAAGCAGUUUCUCCAUAAAAAUGUGGAAAGAUGGGGAUAUCUUCAUGCUAUGGCGCGAUGACGUUUUGUUUUCAUAUGGUCCUCAAAGGAAAACUCUGGAGCUACAUGAUUUUCCAAACGGCGAAUAUGCCCAAAUGGAUAAAAACUUAGAAGUGAUGCUUCACGUUGAAAGCUUUCGCUCUCUCAAGGAAUUCGUGAGAGAGAAAAUGGACAUGUUCUGAUCGCCAGAUCACAACAAAGGAAUUUGGCCACAGACUUUCGGAUUCCGCUCUAUCAGUACUGCUCUUGUGUGGUGGAUGAUGUCAAUGUUUCCCGGGUUAAUCUCAAUUUGUAAUUCGAAUCUUAAUUUGUACUUUUAAUGAUCAAAAAUUUUAAUUUACACCCUCAAAAAUAGAAAU